CGCACACACACAAACACACAAAAAAAAAAAUGCUGUGGAAAGCGGCGCUGACGCGGCGCAUUAGCCGCAUGGUCUUCAAGUGUCGACUGAGUUUGACGAGUCCCGCUAGGACGACGCCAACAACGACGCGAAAUUCAUUCGGCAAAGGCAAUGGUAAACGAACAUCGUCGGGAUCCUCGGGCGCUACAUCAGCCGUGAGGGCGGACAACGCCUACUUGCUGGCCGUCUUUUUCGUCUUCUUCCUUCUGGUGAUGAUCGUGACUCAAGUGAUGGUGAUGCGCAGCGAAUUGUCCAGCAGCACGGCCGGUAAAUCUCACCCUCGCUCCUUUCGGCCACUGUCGGCGCUGUCACAGUUGCCGUCGUCGUCGUCGACGUCGACAUCUUCGUUGUCCUCCAAACGCCAUGAAUUGAAACGUCCGGUGGGGCCGUUCCGCUUCGGCCGCCAACCUGCGCCUUUUGGCCGGGUACUGGCAGCCGAUCACGCUGACCCGACUGCCGUCGUCGGCGACACGAACGCUUCUGCUGGCGGCCCGCUGGCCCGUGGUCCAGCUAAUCUAAUUCAUGAAACUUCCAAUACUUUGACUGCAGGCGAGUGGCUCAAGCGCCUUCCGCAGGAGCAAAGUCGAGACGCUUGGGUCAGCCAACUUUGGUUUUGCUUCCAGGGACGUUCGGUCUGUCCGUGGCAGCCGGUGGCUGGACGCGAAAAGUGUUUUGUCUAUUCGGCCUACCUGGACGACACGGUCAGCAACAAUCCUGGCGCUGGAACGGUACGUGUCAUUGGGGUGGCCAAGACAAAAAAACCGGACCGUCUUUGGUGCCAAUUCGGAUGGGCGACCAACGGCACCGCAAACUGGACCGCAGUUCCGGCUCAAAUUAAAACAAUACGCGAGCACUGGAACUUGCGCUAUAGCGCUGUCUUCAUCCUGUGUCCAUUGUCUUCGAAAAAUUGGCCAGUCAAUUAUUCCCGCUCGCUUCCAGAAUUUGUUUCCAUCUCAACCAAUGAGCAUCCAGCCAUGCCGGAUCACGAUUUGCCCAUCCGAGCGACAUCUACCAUGUCUGAAUUCAAUGCCACUUACGGUCACUGGGCAGAUUCACCCACCGGCAAUUUAUUGCCCAUUAUUCGAUACUCAGAUGAUCUUGAAAUCCGGAACAAUCCAAAACAUCAGCUGAGUGUCUGCGUCAAACCGCUUCACUAUAGUUUCAAUAGGGUUGAUCAGCUGAUUGAAUUCAUCGAGAUCCAUCGGCUCCUUGGCGUUUCUCAUUUCACCUUCUACAACCAUACGGUUGGCGAGAACUGCGAUUGUGUUCUCCGCCGCUAUAUCGAGCAAGGUCUAGUGGAAGUUCUUCCAUGGAGCCAGCUCGAUGUUGUCUCACAAAAGGAGAUCCGCACGGAAGGAAUCUUCGCCUCGCUCAACGACUGCCUCUACCGGCACAUGUUCGACAGUCAGUACUUGCUCAUGAUCGACCUAGACGAGUUGAUUGUUCCACGCACUAAAUUCACGCUCACCGAGUUGAUUGCUUCCACGUUAUUGGCCAAUAACACUGUUGCCAGCGGUAUCCAUAGCAGCGCCAACAGUCAUAACGGUUACCAAAUUGGCGCCUACUAUUUCAGAAAUGCCUUUUUCUAUUUGUCGUGGCCCGACGAUACCGGCGUCCAUUCCGCAUGGAGCGCCACAACUUCCAGCCGACAUCUGGAUUUGAUCAGUUUGCGCAAAACGAGACGCAACUUCAAACUUCAUCCUCACCGAAUCCGAUCCAAAUACAUCUGCCGGCCCAGGGCCGUCGUCGAAGUUGGCAACCAUUUUGUGUGGGAAUUUCGAGCCGGACACGUCGCCGCCCACGUGCCGGACUCGCUGGCCGUGAUGCAUCAUUACCGGACGUGCGAGUUUGGCGGCGACACUUGCCUAGCCAACCCUUCCAUUCAGGACCGCUCGGCCUGGAAAUACGGCGACGCUCUAGUCAACGCUGUCCGUCAUAGAUUUGAACAAUUCGGACAGUACUGUCCGGCUCUUUUACCGAUAACUGCUAAUCAACAGCCACUGCGAACGUCAUUGGCUACCAUUGCUACAACUAUUGCUAAUGCUACUACAACUACUUCUACCUUGUCUCCAUUAUCCAGUUGACGCGUGCUUCUCU